AUGCUGCUCUUCGGCUACGAACAGGGCGUGUUCGGCGGCAUCAUCGUCGCCGACGAGUUCCAGGAAUAUUUCAACCACCCCAACCCGGGCGUCGAGGGGUUCGUCGUGUCCGUGUACGACCUGGGGUGCUUCGCGGGCGCCCUGCUCACGCUGCUCGUUGGCGAGAAGCUCGGCCGCAAGAGAAUGCUCAUCCUCUUCACCAUCAUCAUGGGCGUGGGGAUCAUCAUGCAGACAGUGGCGCAGAACAUGGACCAGAUGAUCUGGGGCCGCUUUGUCGCGGGGAUUGGCAACGGUGGCAACACAGCGACUGCUCCGGUAUGGCAUGUCGAGACGAGUCAUGCCAGCGCCAAGGGUACCGCCGUCGUCAAGGAGAUGGCUGUCAACGUGCUUGGGUUCGUGAUUAGCAACUUCGUGACACUUGCAUUCAGUGGCCUCAUGACCGAGACACAAUGGCGUUUUCCCCUCGGUGUGCAAAUGGUCUUCGUUGCCAUCAUCCUCACCAUGGUUCCGAUCCUCCCAGAAAGCCCCAGGUGGCUCCUAGCUCGAAAGAGAGACGCCGAAGCGAAGCACGUGCUCAGCCUCUUGAACGACCAUGAUGUCGAAGAAGAGUUUGAGGCCAUUCGGGCCUCGGUCAAAGCCGAGCAAGCGGCUCAGGCGUCCUGGGCACAGCUCUUCCGAGGCGGUCUUGCGACGCGGCGAGUUCUGCUCGGCAUGAUAUUACAGACCGCACAACAGCUCUCUGGAAUCAACGUCUUGGCGUACUACCUCCCCGUUGUCCUCCAUCGCAGCGUGGGUCUGCCUCAGGUCACUGCGCGUCUAGUUGCUGCCGGAAACGCCAUCUCGUUCUGGCUCUCGACAACAGCGUCGAUCGUAUGGGUCGAAAGGAUCGGGCGUCGCAGGCUGCUCAUGGUCGGCGCUGGCGUCAUGGCAUUUGCAUUCAGCGGCGUCUCCAUCGGUGUAGGGCUGGGCGACGCCAACCCUGACGCGCGCACGCCUGGCAUUGUGGCCGUCGCAUUCAUCUGGCUCUAUUUCACCACAUUUUCGUCUGGCUGGAUCUCCGUGCCUUGGCUCUAUCCGGCCGAGGUCAAUGCGCUGAGCAUGCGGACCAAGGGCGCCGCCCUCGCCACCGCAUGCGACUGGCUCUUCAACUAUGUCGUCGUGCAGACGACACCGCCGGGCAUCGAGCACCUCCGGUGGGGGCUGUACGCCAUAUACGCGCUGCUGAACCUGGCUUUUGUCCCGCUCGUGUACUACCUCGUGGUCGAAACCCGGGGCCGCAGCCUCGAAGACACCGAUCACUGGUUCGAAAUGAACAGAAAGUGGCUCGUCCACAAGGCAGAUCACACCGUGUACCCGUCGCGCGGCGGCCGCGGCGGUGGCGGUGGUGCUGGAGGUGGCGGUGCGGGCAGGCAUGGCGGCUUCGCGUCUCUGGGCGUGGCCGACGACCAUGAGGCCAUGAUGAAGGCGUUUGAGGAGGACAGCGAGGAUGACAGCAUGGAUGGCUCCGUGAGCGAUCUGGGGACGUCGUCGCGGUUCGCCGUGUCAUAG